CUUCUUCCUUCUAAAGGUGGAGACACUUCAAUGGGGAAUGGCAUUCACCCUUAUUUCUCUACCAUCAUUAUAACAUAGAAACACGCAUCAGUUGGUCACCAUCAUUAUAACAAAGAGAUACGCAUCAGUUGGUCCAAAGAAUACGAAUCAUUGUCACGUCAAAGAAAAAAAAUGACUUCUCAAAACACUCAGGUCACCGAAUAUGACCCAAAGAAUAUGCGUUUCAGACGAUUUGGAUCGAGCGGUUUAAGAAUGUCGGUCUUCUCUUUAGGCGGUUGGUUAACCUAUGGCGGUAGUGUAUUGGACGAUCAAACAUGUGAAAUAAUGAAAUGUGCGUUUGAGAAUGGGAUAAAUACGUUCGAUACGGCAGAAUGUUAUGCAAAUGGCGCAUGUGAAGUUGCAAUGGGAAAAGCGAUCAAAAAACUUGGUUGGAGAAGAAGUGAUGUGGUUUUGGUAACUAAAAUCUUUUUUGGUUUUGGUGGUAAAGAUCCAAAUGCUACUGGACUUAGCAGAAAACAUGUUAUCGAAGGAACCGAUGCUGCUUUGAAACGUGCUCAAUUGGAUUAUUGGGAUGUGGUAAUGGCACAUUGUCCAGAUGUUACAACUCCGAUGACAGAGGUCGUAAAGGCAUUCAAUCAUCUUAUUAAUACCGGAAGAUGUUUGUAUUGGGGUUGCUCUGCUUGGUCUGCUCAACAGAUCCAAGAAGCAUAUGGAAUCGCGGACAAGUUGGGCUUGGAGCCUCCAUUGUGCGAUCAACAUCAAUAUUCUGCACUGCAUAGAGAACCGGUAGAAGGAGAAUAUACUCCACUAUACGAGAAGUAUGGAUUCAAGGCUAUGGCUUGGUCUCCUUUGGCAGGUGGUGUAUUGACGGGCAAGUAUAAUGAUGGAAUUCCAAAAGGUUCACGGUUUGAUGUACACAAAGAUUCAUUAUCAGCAAUCGUUGCAAAACAUCAAUCGCAAGAAGGUCAAGAAAGGGUGGAAAAGGUGAAAAAGUUAAGCAAGAUUGCAGAUAAAUUGGCUUGUUCGACAACCGUUCUCAGUUUGGCUUGGGCUGCUAAAAAUGAAAAUGUGACCACUGUCAUCUUGGGAGCAUCAAAGAUUGAACAAUUACAAGAAAAUUUGAGAGCGCUGGAUGUGAUGGACAAAUUGACGGAAGAUAUCAUGGCAGAGAUUGAAGAAAUAUUGGCCAACAAACCAGCCGCUCAACCUACUUUUGGCAGGUGAGAAAUAAUGUCUUCUCAUGUGUAAAGAAUGAUGGUAUACAAUUUGAUAGAAU